CCAGAUGAAAGAAGAGGAGAGAAGCCGGACCUGCCCGAUAACCCUCAACAAAUCGUCAUCCCUAACAUCCAGGGAAAAGGAGGGAUCAGAGUCCUCGCUCCAAAUAUCCUGCUGCUUCUGCUGCGGACUACACACAGGAUAUCUGUCAUUUCAUUCGGCCUGCAUAUUCGUUUGCUUAUGGAUUAUCUCGUUUGAGCUUUAGACGCAUACGAAGUCAUGAAUUCGGCUGAACAGACCAUCACAUGGUUAAUAACGCUGGGUGUCCUGGAAUCACCCAAAAAGACACUGUCGGACCCUGAAGGCUUUUUACAGGCAUCUCUCAGAGAUGGAGUGGUUUUGUGUAAACUGCUGGAACGAUUGCGACCCGGUUCGGUUCACACGAUCUAUCAGGACCCGCGGAAAGACGAGUGUUUGAGUAAUAUCAGAGAGUUUGUGAAAGGCUGUGCAUUAUAUCACAUAGAGCAGGUAUUUGAGGCCAAUGACUUGUUUCAGGGCCAGAACUUCUCCAAAGUCUUGAAUUGUUUGGUUGCACUCAACAAAGCAACUUCAGAGUCCGGUGGUGAGAGUAAUUCUGUGUGUUCUCCUCACUCGUCUUCUCUGCGGAUCAAGUCCUUUGACUCGAUCAACUGUUCUUCCACUCACAGGAGAUCAUCCAGACUCAAGUACAACCAGUACCGCAGUCUGGACAUGUCUGAAAACAGUGCCCCUCAGGUGCUGGUGAAAGCACGGUUUAACUUUCAGCAGACCAAUGAGGAUGAGCUGUCCUUCAAUAAGGGUGACAUCAUCCAGGUGACACGGCAGGAAGAGGGCGGCUGGUGGGAGGGAUCUCUCAAUGGCAAAACCGGCUGGUUUCCUAGCAACUAUGUCAAAGAGAUCAAAGGCUCUGACAAACCUGUGUCACCCAAGUCUGGAACGCUGAAGAGCCCACCCAAGGGCUUUGAGACCACUAACUUCUGCAAGACUUACUAUAAUGUGGUGGUUCAGAAUAUUGUACAAACAGAGACAGAAUACUGUAAAGAGCUGCAGACUCUCCUCUCAACGUAUCUGAGAGCAUUACAGCCCACAGACGGGCUCAGCAUGUCAGAUAUCAGUCACAUCAUGGGAAAUCUAGAGGAGAUCAGCUCAUUUCAGCAGACACUGGUGAAUUCACUGGAGGAAAGCGUUAAAGUUCCAGAGAGUCAGCAGAGAAUAGGAGGCUUCUUCCUGUCCCUCAUUUCUCAGAUGAGGAGUCUGUAUGUGACCUACUGCUCCAACCAUCCAUCUGCGGUUAACGUUCUCACACAACACAGUGAGGAAUUUGGAGAGUUUAUGGAAAGUAAAGGUGCGAACAGCCCUGGAAUCCUCACACUCACCACGGGCCUGAGCAAACCCUUCCUGAGACUGGAGAAAUACCCCACACUACUGAAAGAGAUGGAACGGCACAUGGAGGCACUUCAUCCAGAUUAUCCAGACAUUCAGAAGAGCAUGACCGUAUUUAAAAAUCUCUCAGCCCAGUGUCAGGAAGUGAGGAAGAGGAAGGAACUUGAGCUGCAGAUUCUGAUGGAGUCUAUUCGGGGCUGGGAAGGGGAGGGAAUUAAGACCCUGGGUUCUGUCCUCUACAUGUCUCAAGUCCUCAUCCAGAACCACGGCGCCGAGGAGAAGAAUGAGCGAUACCUUUUGCUGUUUCCUCACAUACUUCUUAUGUUGUCUGCUAGUCCUCGAAUGAGUGGUUUCAUCUACCAGGGGAAGCUGCCUCUGACUGGAAUGACUGUAAAUAAAAUAGAGGACAGUGACACCACGAAAAAUACUUUCGAAAUAUCUGGAAAUAUGAUCGAGCGGAUCCAGGUGAUCUGUAAUAACCAGCAAGAUCUUCAUGACUGGGUGGAUCAUUUACACCGGCAAACCAAUCGCACUUCAACCAGCAACUUGAAACCACAGAAUGUUCCCUGCCAUACGCUGCCGUCUCACCCUCUCACCCCGUCCAGACACUCAGAGAAUCGAGGUGUGAGCGGAUCUCCCGUCUACCACACUCUUCCUCACCUCUCUUCACUUGGAACCCCUCACAGCGGUAUGAUGUGGGGGCCCCUCGAACCCCCCAAAACCCAGAAGCCCUGGAGUCUCAGCUGUCUCCGACCUGCACCACCCCUAAAACCCUCAGCUGCAUUGUGUUACAAAGAGGACUUGAGUAAAAGUCCCAAAAGUAUGAAGAAGCUUCUGCCCAAACGAAAACCUGAGAGGAAGCCAUCUGAUGAGGAAUUUACUGUCAGAAAAAGCACUGUAGCUCUGGAGGAGGAUGCUCAGAUCCUGAAAGUGAUCGAAGCAUACUGCACAAGUGCUAAAACACGGCAAACACUAAACUCAACAUGGCAGGGUACUGAUUUGAUGCAUAAUCAUGUGCUGGCUGAUGUUGACCAAUCGUGUGUGGAUGCUGUGGGUUGCCGUAGCAGCGGAUUUCCCUCUGAUCAUUCUGAAGACUCGGACUAUGACAGUAUAUGGAUAACUCACACUAACAGAAUGGGUUCUAUGUCCCGAUCAAGGAAGGAGUCAGGGCCACAUAUGCUUUUUCCUGAAGAGGAGAAAAUCAUUGUGGAAGAGACAAAGAGCAAUGGUCAAACCGUAAUUGAAGAAAGGAGUCUGGUGGAUACAGUUUAUGCCUUAAGAGAUGAGGUUCAAGAACUUAAGCAGGACAACAAGAGAAUGAAGCGCACUCUUGAAGAAGAACAAAAGGCACGGAAAGAGCUGGAGAAGAUUGUCAGGAAAGUGUUAAAGAGUAUGAACGACCCAUCCUGGGAUGAGACUAAUUUGUGAGCCUGUGAUGUGAGAUCUGUGCAUUUAUAAAUGAAAACGGCAUCUGAUAAUUGUGUGCUGAGUGUAGUAUCGGUCUUAACUCCUGACCAAAAAUACUUGUAAAUAUUGUGACAAAACUGGACUUGAUACCCGCAGUCACAGUAUUAUGCCUUUUAAACCUGAUCGUU